UCCAUCGAAACGAUAGAAAUAGCAGUAACAGCGGGAAAACAUAGACCGAUCGCGAUUGUUUUAUUUGUUUGACAGCGGCAACGAGUGGUUCUCUAUUUGUUUACACGGUACGUCUGGGUGGACGAUCACUGCUACCAGAGGCGUACGUGCCAAGAUGGCGGACGAGGACUACAUGCUGCCGAGUACAGUGACGUUCGUCGACGGCAGGCUUUGCUACUGCGGUCAGAACUGUAGAAGAAUUCCGGAAGCUUUGGGCAAACUAUACGGGACAAAAGUUCACUGUUUGGAUCUCAGUUUCAAUGAGUUGGCGUCCCUGAGAGGUCUGGAAGCCUUUUCGGAUAUUCGGGAACUGGUUUUGGAUAACAAUCAGUUAGGGGAUUCGAUAGUUUUUCCCGAAAUGCCAUAUUUGCACACCUUAUCCUUAAAUAAAAACAAGAUAUGUGAUCUGGAAACUUUAUUACUGCAAAUAAGAAAUAAAACAAGAAUAUUGAACUAUUUGAGUCUUUUGGGCAAUAAAGCUUGUCCAAAUCAGCUUUCCUGCGAAGAAAAUAACGACGAAGAUUACAAGCGAUACAGAUACUUCGUCUUAUACCACCUCCCCGACCUGCAGUUUCUCGACUCGAACCGCGUGACGGAUCGCGAGCGGCACGAGGCUCGGCGUAGAGGGCGCUUCAUGAACGUGAUAAGGCCGAAAUCAGAGGCUCAAGGGGAAGAGGCAGGGAUGUCCGAUCUGUCACUGGCGUUAUCCCACAGCCCCCUGCCCCGGUCCCUCCGCAGCCCCGAAGAUUACAAAGGAGCUUAUGGUAGGUGCAGGUACCGUUACAGUGGUAAACAUUCGGAGGGAAAUAGGUUUAUUUGCAAUAAUGACUUGUAAGAUCUUAACUAUUGCAUGUUAUUUACCUUAUUAUGUCUUUAUACUCACUGAUGUAUCUCAUUUUUAAAUAAAAAAGCGUAGGUAU